AUGUCGACCACUCCGCUUGAGCUAUCAGGAACUGGCACCCCUUCAGGAUCUCAGGUUGAACGCUCUUUCACUCCGAUACCUGGAUCUAACGUCUACAUCUCGCAUCCGCCUGCUGGUAACAACAAAGGUGCAGAUGGAGGGAGGAAAGAUCCUAGAGUGGUGCUGAUCUUUGGAUGGAUGGGGGCUCAGCUUCUGCACCUAUACAAAUACACAGAACAAUACAAUAAGCUGUACCCUUCUGCGACGUUGAUAAUUGUUCGGGCAAAACCAAACUAUUUCUGGAGCAACGAAACCACUAGGAAAGCUGCGGUUUUUCCCGUCGUCAAACUUUUACGAGAUGCAGGUAUCCAUGAAAACACGGUGGCGAGGAGCUCUGGUCUACUUGUACAUACUUUCUCCAACGGCGGCGCUCUCAAUGAGACUACUCUGGGUCGUGCGAUCACGGAUACCUACCCACCCACCAAUACUCCUGCAAUUCCCGCUCAAGCUCUCAUUUAUGACUCACUUCCUGGGGUUCUCAAUAUGCGCGUCACACUCCUUGCGUUUACAGCUGCCAUUCGUUCUCCGGCCUUCCGCACUAUUGCCAAAUUCGUUUUGGGGAUAUUAUAUGCUCUGGGAGCGACAUGGGGAUACUUUGAGAGCAUUAUGUUUGGUCAAAAGGAAGAUCUCGUCGCCAAGUUGAAGAGGGAGCUUAAUGAAGCGAAGCUUUUGCCCCAGCUUAUACCCAGGACGUAUGUGUAUUCGGAUGCUGACGAGUUGAUUCCCGCCGAAAGUGUCGAGAGACACGCAGCGAAAGCAAAGGAGUUGGUUGGCGGUGACUCAGGUUUCAUAAAACUGGUCAAGUUUCAAGGAAGUCCCCAUGUUGCACAUGCAAGGAAAGAUCCAAAGAGAUACUGGGAUACAGUUGUGCAGACUUGGGAAGCAUCCACUUCCUAA